AUGGCCGAGUUCCCUGCGCUGGCCUCGCCAGCCUUCGCCCCCAUUGCCUCUCCCGAUCCGCAGCGCGGUGAUAAUCACAGCAACCACCAUGUCUCCGCAUUCGAUCUCGACCCCGACUUCUCGACCAAUUCCGCUGCUCCGCCCUUGGUCUCUCCCGCCCUCACUCCUCCGCGCACUCCCCUCACACAUGGCCAGCGAUAUGACAGACUGCCCAAGAGCGUGCCGCCUGAGCAUGCCGUGGGACAGUCCGAUCAUGAAGCCCCGCGACUUCUGGAAACGCUACCGGAGGUGCAUUGUGAAGUGAGGGCGAGAAUACCGACCACCACCGGACAAGAGAUGUUUCUGCACUUGUACCACAACAAUGCAGAUAACAAGGAGCACUUGGCCAUUGUAUUUGGACCGCACAUCAGAAGUCGGAGUCUUGACGCUCCCCGGCCAGGCGAGACAGAGCGGGAUCGCAUGAUUCGCGGGGCUUACACUGGCACUCUAUAUCCCGGGCGAACACAUAGCAGAUUGGAACAGAUACGGCAGGAAGCGGGAGUCUCUCCAACCAUCGCAGCAAGUCCAUCGUCACAGAGCAGCGCGUCGCAGUCUUCCUCUCCGGUGCCGUCAGACUUCUCUGCAGUUAAUUACGACCAAACUUACUCCUACCCCGCUGAGCUUGGCCCGCCUCUGGUCCGCAUACAUUCCGAGUGCUAUACUGGUGAAACCGUCUGGUCUGCAAGAUGCGACUGCGGCGAACAGCUGGACGAGGCGGCGCGGUUGAUGUCUCUACCUUCACCGACACCUAGCGGGACACCACAGAGCGAGAAUCCUCCAAAGCUAGGGUUGCCUUCAUCCGGAGGCGUAAUAGUCUACUUGCGGCAGGAGGGCCGUGGCAUUGGCCUACUCAGCAAGUUGAAGGCGUACAAUUUGCAAGACUUAGGUCACGACACGAUGGAAGCUAAUAUUCUCCUCCGACACCCCGGCGAUGCGCGGUCGUACGGUCUGGCCACUGCCAUAUUACUCGACCUUGGACUGGGUGGAGACAGAGGCAUACGUCUGCUAACAAAUAAUCCCGAGAAAAUCCGGGCCGUGGAAGGGCCGAACAGGGAGGUCCGAGUCGUCGAGCGUGUUCCUAUGAUCCCACUGGCGUGGAAGAGCGGGGGGAAAGAAGGAAUCAAUAGCCCUGAAGUGGAAAAAUACAUUUCGACGAAGAUUGAGAAAUUCAAACACAUGUUCUCUUCAUAA